AUGUAAGUAUCAUAUUAAAUUGAGAAAUUUAAAUAUAUUUACUAAUUAAUUUUAAUUUUUUAGAUUAAUAUUAUUAAACUAAUAAUAUCAAAUAAAUAAGUUAAUAGUUAGCUAGUUAGUUAGUUAGUUUUUUAGAAAAUGAUUCUUGAAAUUUUGGGCAUGAUUGCUCUUGUUGUAGGCUUUAACUACAGCUUGAAGUUUAUAAAAAGGAAUGAUGAUGUUUAAAACUCGAAUGAGUUCCACUUAAUUAGGAGAAUUUAGCAUUUAGGUUCUGGAUUGGUCAUUCUUAUUAUAGCAAUUCUUGUUUCUGAUACACUCGCUUUGUAUGGCUCACUUUGUGGUUUUUUGUAUUUCUUGUGUGUUCACAUUCUUAGGAAGAAAAAUGAAAGAUUUAAUUAAAUGUAUUUAAACACUUUUAAGUUUUUGCUAAGACCUCACGAAAUUGAGGGUCUCCCUGGAGCAUUUUUCUUUUUAUUAGGUGUAUUUUUAAGUCUUGCUAUCUUUGACAAGCCUAUUGCAUUGAUCGGUAUUCUUUUCUUAAGUUUUGGUGAUCCAUUUGCUAGUUUAUGCGGGAUUUAUUUUAAGUCCUUGCAAUUUAUGGAAGGAAAGAGUAUCUCAGGUACUUUAGGGUGUGGUAUUAUUUGCACUAUUUGUGGAGUUAUUUUCAGAUUAGUUUAUUUAGACUACUUGCAUUACCAAAGAUUAGACAAUACUAGCUAUCUACAUUAUUCUAUAGCUUGCUUUUUAAUUUCUAUUUUGGCUGAAAUAGGCCCUAACUCUCGUAAAUACUACUUUGAUGACAACUUGACUAUCCCUAUUUACACAUGCAUUUUAUUCGAGUUAUUUUUUAGAAUCACAUUAAGUUGA